AUGGCUGCGGACGAUCCUCUUCACUGUCCAGACUUCGCAAAAAGCCCUUUUCGUGGGACUCAUCCUGUAGAACCCGUUUUGCUAAAGGCUUUAAGUAUGCACAAAAACGAGGAAACAGGAGCAUCAGAUGUUUUAGCACUAAAAAAUCUUCGGUCAAAUACCAUAAAAUUUCUCGAGAGACAAUAUCAGAGAAUUCAGGAAGCCGUCAAUGAUUUGGUCAGAUUUGUCGAAGACCAGAAGGUAAGCGGAGGUCUGCUCGAUCCUGCUCAAUCACCACUAUUCGAAUCGUCUCCUGGAGCGCAAAGCGAGGUACUUGUUUUGUCGAAAAACUAUGCAGAAUCUUUGGAUAGAGAAAUCACAGCGGCGACUAAGAUUGCUAUUUGCAAAUUGAACGGUCAACAUGAGAAGAGAUUCGAACUGCUUCCCUGGGAGAUUGCCAUUAAGGAAUGCACAAGUGCUUAUAGAGAUGGAGACGUGGAAGAAUUCGUGGCAAAUCUCAAAUUUGUAGUCGAUGACAUGGAUACUCAGUACCUUGCCAUCCGUAACGUGAGGAAGCGGCUCCUCGAAUGA